GGUCCUCUAUUACAAAAUGUUGAAGCCAUUGUACUUCAGAAGCUAGAAAGUAGAAGGAACAUCACAGCUUGUUCAGAUUCUUUCAGAGAGAUAGAAAAAGAACACGUGAUAAGACAUACGAAGUUGCACAACUUACAAAGGCCAUAGUCGGUUUUUGCUUUUGAUCAAAGACGUAAACUGUUCCCACCUUAAUCUUCGUAAGGAUCAUGACAUUCUAAGAGAUCGGCGGCGGAUGAUGGCUCUUACUCAGUUUGUUCCUUCUACUUCAGACAAGCUUUUCUUUUUCUCCAGCUUUCUCUUCCCUUCAAUUCCUCUGGAUAUUCGCAGAUGUAACAUAAGUAAUAAAACCCGUUCCAAGAAACUCGGAAGUCUGUCUUUAAACAUCUCAUGUGCAGCUCACAAGAUUGUUCGGAGUCCAUCUCUAGACAGACAUGUAGUGAAGCAGAACAGAGUUCGGUUUGUGCAGAAGUUGAAGACUUUACUUCUCUCUAAACCAAAGCAUUUCAUACCUAUUCAGAUCCUCUACAAAUGCCGAUCUUACCUCGGCAUCGAAAAUCCUCGGGCAAUCAUCUCCAUGAUCCGUCGGUAUCCCACAAUCUUCCAACUUUUUACAACACCUACGCCACAUUUGCCUAUGAAUGCCACUAAGCCGUUAUCUCAACUCUGUGUCCGUAUGACAUCGGCUGCAUCGUCCCUUGCAAUGCAAGAAUUGAAUCUGAAGUCUGAGAUUUCUGAUAAAUUGGCUACGAAGCUCCAGAAACUGCUAAUGUUGUCAUCUCACCGCAGGUUGCUUUUGUCUAAACUGGUUCACAUUGGCCCGGAUUUUGGCCUCCCUCCUAAUUUCAGGUCCCGGCUCUGCAAUGACUAUCCGGACAAGUUCAAGACCGUGGAUACAUCCUAUGGAAGGGCUCUUGAGCUUGUCGCGUGGGAUCCAGAAUUGGCAAACCAAAUGCCAUCUCCUGAAGUUGAUAGGGGUUUGAUUGUUGAUCGUCCUUUGAAGUUUAAGCGUUUGAACCUUCGGAAAGGUUUAAACUUGAAGAGGCGGCACCAAGAUUUCUUGAUAAAAUUCACAGAAUCACCUGAUGUGUGUCCUUACAAAAUGGCAUCUGAAUGUCUGGCAAACGAGUCAAUUGAAGCGGAGAAGCGAGCGUGCGCAGUUGUAAGAGAGGUGUUGGGGUUAACGGUUGAGAAAAGGACGCUGAUUGACCAUUUGACACAUUUCAGGAAGGAGUUUUCUUUACCAAACAAGUUAAGAGCAUUGAUAGUGAGGCAUCCAGAGAUAUUCUAUGUGAGUAUAAAAGGCACGAGAGACUCUGUGUUUCUAGUCGAAGCAUACAACGACAAUGGUGAUCUUCUUGAGAAAGAUGAUACAUUGGUGAUCAGAGAACGUUUGAUAGAUCUUAUUCAAGAAGGAAAGAGAAUUAGACGUGAAAGGAGAAGGAAAGGCGCUAUACUUGGUGAUAAAAAUAGAGAAGAUUAUAUCAAUGAUAAUGACAGAGAUGAAUCUAUUGAUGAUUAUGAUAGUGAUCUUGAUGAUGAAUAUGAAGAUGUGUUUGAGAAUUUGUUUGACUCAGAAGAUUCAGGUGUGGAAUAUCAUUUUGACGAAGAAGACGAUGAUGAGGCGUGGGUUAAUGGUGAGAAUGUAGAGUAUUGGAGUAGAAAGCUUUCUUCUUCUGGUAGUAACAGCGAUGAAGCAAAGAGAGGUGUGGAAUCAUGGUGAUGGGAAAUGUUAAAAAAGGAGUAGGAAAAACCCGUCAAAGAGUUAAUAUUCUAUACUCAGAAAAGUGUACGCAAUUACACAAUAGCAUAACGUUCAUGUCGUUAUCUAGUCCCAUUGGUUUUAAACAAGAUCAAACAGCGUGCUAAACUGUCUGUUUUUUUUUUU